AUGGCUAAACUUAUUUGUGCAUUUCUUUUCAUGCUUGUCACUUCUUUUGUGAUUCAAGAUGUCUAUGCCGGUGGGGAAGGAUCUCUUAAACCUGCAGAAUGUGCGCCUAAAUGUGAUUAUCGGUGCUCAAAAACUGCGUACAAGAAGGCAUGUUUAACCUAUUGCAACCUCUGUUGUGCAAAGUGUUUAUGUGUCCCAUCGGGAACAUAUGGUAACAAGGAAGAAUGUCCAUGCUAUAAUAACUGGAAAAAUAAGAAAGGAGGACCCAAGUGCCCCUAA